UCCACAUUCUUCACUGUGUGUCUGCGUGCGUAAUAGUCGCGCUCUCCGCUGCUGCUUUCGGGACGAAACCCCUCGCAGCUGAUUCUGUUGCUCCAGUGCUGGAUCCGCAGCGGAACCAGGACUAUCACACCACAUGGACUUGGGUUUAAAACAGGAAUAUACACGUUAUUUGUUGUGCGUGUGACCACUCUGGCGAUUUAGUUGUGCGGUGGUGGUGGUGAAGCAAAACUUGUGAAUCCGCCACCGGGUUUCAUGUGUUUUAUGUGUUUGCGCUCGACAGUGAGGUAAACCUGUGUGUGUGUGCGUGCGUGCGUGUUUUCACCGGAGUGUCGGAGUGGGAUUGAUCCCGUGGAUGCGGGUGUCGGGGUCGGCGUGUGAGCCCCGCAGGAUCAGCCUGUCAUAGGGCAGCAUCAUGGUUUAUAAUCCUGUUUCAGUGGAGAUGCUGCUGCUGCUGCUGCUGCAGAUACUGUGGCUUUUACCUGUGACUGGAGCGGCUCCUUCCCCUCAGACGACAGAGCAGCUGGACACAGGAGUGGACUGGCUGAGCCGGUUCGGCUACCUCCCGCCCCCUGACCCAGUGACUGGUCAGCUCCAGACCAAGGAGGCCCUGACCAAGGCCAUCAAAGCCAUGCAGAGGUUUGGAGGCCUGAAGGAGACCGGAGUCUUGGACCCAGCCACUCUGGGACUAAUGAAAACACCCAGAUGUUCGCUGCCAGAUGUGUCUGAGGCUGCGGGGACAAACGGUCGCAGGAAACGAAGCCUCACUCCUCCCAACAAAUGGAAUAAGAGACAUCUAUCCUGGAGAGUGAGAACCUUCCCUAAGGAUUCAGCCUUGCUGGGCAGGGACACCGUCCGGGCCCUCAUGUACUACGCCUUGAAGGUCUGGAGCGACAUCGCGCCGCUCAACUUCCAUGAGGUGGCCGGCAGCGAUGCGGACAUUCAGAUCGACUUCACCAAGGCCGACCACGAUGACGGAUAUCCCUUUGAUGGGCCAGGUGGCACCGUGGCACACGCUUUUUUCCCCGGGGAGAGAUUCACUGCCGGAGAUACACACUUUGAUGACGACGAGGCGUGGACCUUCAGAUCACCAGACUCCCAUGGGAUGGACCUGUUUGCAGUUGCGGUCCACGAGUUCGGUCACGCCAUUGGUCUGGUCCAUACCUCGGCCAUUGAGUCCAUCAUGAGACCAUACUAUCAAGGACCUGUAGGAGAUCCUCUGAAAUACGACCUUCCCUAUGAAGACAAGGUCCGCGUGUGGCAGCUCUACGGUGUCAGAGACUCGGUGUCUCACACAAACCAACCAAGCAGCUCCUCCCAGACAGCUGAGCCUCCCGUCCUGCUCGACCUCCCUGAAAACAGAUCCACUGUCCUGCUGGCGCAGGAUGCCCCAGACAGAUGCUCCAGUCACUUUGAUGCAGUGGCCCAGAUUCGAGGGGAGGCUUUCUUUUUCAAAGCUCAGAACCACAGGGGAGGGCUGGAACAAGCUUUCGAUAGCUUUGCCUUCCAGCUCAGCUCCCUCCUGACCACAGCUGUCCGCUACAAUGCCCGCCUGCCUUGGUAUAAUCUGGGGAUCUUCACCCAGUGCAGUGCGUCCAUGACAGGUCCCAUGAGACUCAUCUAUAAAAGUGAGGGCGACUAA